AACCUGCAGCUGAACCUGAUGCAGGCUGACCAGAUGCUGAACAUGCCGAUCCUGAUGCUGAUCACCAGCAGGAUCACCAGGCUGAUGAAUGCAUGCUGAUCAUAUGCUGAUACUGAUGCUUAUCUCAUGAUGUUGGUACUGAUGCUUACGAUGCUGAUACUGAUGCUUAUCUGAUGUCUGAUCAGAAAAGCUGCGAUAGGGGAACAAGACGAUGUUGAGAAUGCCCUGACUCAGACGAGUCGAUUAGCAUGUCUGCCUGACUAGUCUACUGUUUGGUUCCCGUGAUGGAUGUGAAACCAAAUCCGCCCGUCAAACCGCAAUUCUCAAUUUGUUUUUCUUGAAUUUAGAAAUCUACACUUUUGUUUGAAAAUCAAGGGCUCACAACAUGGAUAAGGACAGGAGAAGCCCUGGCACGAAAGAAGUAGAUCAGCCUGGGGCGAAGAAUCAUUUGCAAGCUGCAGAGGGCAUUGAUCGUCGAAAUAGGAGAAACGUUUGCGAUAUGGAGGAGGGUAAUUUCACCCUGAAUGAAAAGCUGUUCGUGGCUGAAAGACUCUUUGAUCGAAUUCUACAAAGAGAGAUUUUAGUGCAAGCUGUUUUGCAGGGUCAAGACAAGAAGACGUAUCGGGGCAUUCUCGAGGCUAUUUCUCAAAGGGAUCAUCUCGUGAGAGAACUCCUGUCGAAGCAACGUGCCAUGAAAGCGAUCGAGCAAGAGCAAGAACAUCUCCAGGCAAAACUGAAGCAGAUUCAACACGAAAAUCAAAAAUUGAACGAUGCGAGGAUUCUGCUUCAGAGCAAACAAAACCAAGAUGUGGACGAAGAAGUUGACAAAGGCCGUAUCAUGGAGAAAAAGAAGGCAAUUGUUCUGCGAAAUGUUAUCAUCGCGUUGGUAUGA